UUGACCGCCCCCCACUGCCGGCUGCAGGGAUGUCGGCGGAGAUCAUCGACACUCCCCCGCUGCACUUCGAGGAGAUCGACUACAAUGAGAUUGAUGUGGAGGAGGUUGUUGGAAGAGGAGCUUUUGGAGUUGUGUGUAAAGCAAAAUGGCGUGGAAAAGAUGUAGCUAUAAAGCAGAUUGAAAGUGAAUCAGAGAGGAAAGCAUUCAUCGUAGAGCUUCGGCAGUUGUCACGCGUAACGCACCCCAAUAUUGUAAAACUGUAUGGAGCUUGUCUGAAUCCAGUCUGUCUCGUUAUGGAAUAUGCAGAAGGAGGCUCCCUUUACAAUGUGCUACAUGGGGCCGAGCCCCUACCGUUUUACACUGCAGCCCACGCAAUGAAUUGGUGUUUGCAAUGUGCACAAGGAGUGGCAUACCUACAUGGCAUGAAACCCAAGGCUUUAAUCCACAGGGACCUGAAACCACCAAACUUACUGCUGGUUGCUGGUGGGACAGUUCUGAAAAUCUGUGAUUUUGGCACAGCGUGUGAUAUUCAAACUCACAUGACGAACAACAAAGGAAGUGCUGCUUGGAUGGCCCCAGAGGUUUUUGAAGGUAGUAAUUAUAGUGAAAAGUGCGAUGUCUUCAGCUGGGGUAUCAUCCUUUGGGAAGUAAUAACUCGGCGAAAACCUUUUGAUGAAAUUGGUGGCCCCGCUUUUCGCAUCAUGUGGGCUGUUCAUAAUGGUACUCGACCACCUCUAAUCAAAAAUCUGCCUAAACCUAUUGAGAGUCUAAUGACUCGCUGUUGGUCGAAAGAUCCUGCACAACGCCCCUCAAUGGAAGAGAUAGUAAGAAUAAUGACUCAUUUAAUGAAGUAUUUUCCAGGAGCUGAAGAACCUCUUCAAUACCCAUGCCACUACUCUGAUGUGAGCCAAAGUAACUCUGCUACAAGCACAGGAUCUUUCUUGGAAAUUACCUCUACAAAUACCAGUAACAAAAGUGAUGCUUGUGUAGAACCUAGUGACUUACAUGCAAAUGCUACCAAUGAUACAAUUAAGCGUUUGGAAUCAAAGCUGGCUCAGCAGCUUAAACUCCAGCCCAAACAGACGAGUGACUCUGCACGAUUAAAUCUGCCACUGUCUCGAGGAAGUAGUGUGGAGAGCCUGUCUGGAGGACGCACACAGUCUGCUGCUGCCACAAUGGACGGAAAAAGAUUGAGUGCUGACCUCAGCAAUUAUUCUGAAUUGGAGGCUAGAAUCAUGAAUGCUACCACAGCCCGUCCAAAGCCAAAGCGAGGCCACCGUAAAACUGCUUCAUUUGGCACCAUACUGGAUGUUCCUCAGAUCGUCAUAUCAGGCAGUGAACAGCAAAGGCGCAGGUCUAUUCAGGACUUAACAAUUGUUGGAUCAGAGUCUAAUCAGAAUCAGCAGGAAUCUUGCCUUCCGUUUGGAAAUUGAUGGAGAUGAUGGUUC